AUGUUUGGUUUGCUUCUACUUGCUGCCACAGUCGGUUACGCCCAGCACAUCGGCUAUAAGCACGAAUCGGUAAUGGUGCAAGGGACGGUGCUCUGCAAUGGAUCCGCCUAUACCAAAGCGAAGGUGAUACUCUUCAAUCAUAAAGUA